UUUCCUCUUUUUUUUUUUUAAUUAUGCCCUUCCCUCAUUCAUUUCUCCUUUUUAUUUCAUUUUGUGCUCCUGGCUCAGUCGCCAUGCAGUGUCUCUGCUUUCUUCUCCUCGUCACAAUCUGCCAUGUGAGGACUUCUGCUGCGCAGGGCUCACUGGAGAAACCGGACCUCAGUUUGAUGGAGAACUCACUGCAGGUAAAUGGAAAACUCACUGCUCACUGUGGAACAAACAUCUCUACUGAUGGAGUAAACUGCAGCCUGUAUGUAGGAAACACCUCUGUGAUCUCAGAGACGAUGACUGGAGACACGUGUGAAUUUAUGGUGUCCUGGGGUCAACUGGACGGAGACCCGGUCACCUUCAAGAUCGUGCAGCUGAGCUGUGAUUAUCAGAUCAACAGAAGCACAGGGGUUCAACACUCGCCCCGCAGUGACCCCAAAGAGCUGCUGCUAUUAGUUCCGUUACAGAAGGCCACCCUACAGGUGACACCGACAUCCAUCACUCUGGAGGAGACGAUUCAGAUCUCCUGUGAAGUGAAUGAAAACCACGCUGGAGUGAAGUGCCAGCUGUACGACAACGAGACCAAACUGGAGGACGGGCAGUGCAGGUGGACAAUGACAGGGAGACAGCUGAUGAAUGGGACUGGGCCUGGAAUGGUGCUGCUGACCUGUGACUACACGCUGGAUGUGUGGCAGAAAUAUCCAGAUGUUAAAGAUCAAUCUGACAGACGCAGCAACAGAGUGACAGUGAAUGUGACAGACCUGGUGCUGAGUCCGACCCCACCGACAGGUUCUCUCCCUCUGUACCUCGGUGCCGGCUUUGCUGUUCUGGCCUUCUUCAUCCUAGUGGGGACGACGUUGAUCUGCAACAGGAGAAGACGGAAUUGUAAGAGGCCUACAGGAGAAAUUCAGACCGUCUAUGUGACUGCCACUAUUCCAGGUGCUGGCUGCGAUGUGGUGAAACUGAACCAACUAGAAGGAGAGGAUCCUGAGGGGGCCUACGCUACGAUCGACAGCCUGGAAAUAGCGGAGCCCACCAAGUGAUUACUACAGGACUGGGUGCAGCUCUUGGCUUGGUUACCCUGUGCAUGGGUGGUCCCCCGUGUUUUGUAGCUGCCAACUUUAAAUGAGUGUGAAUGUGUGUGUGUGUGUGAGUGCCAUGUGAUGGUGGCCUGGCACUCCAUCCAGGGUGGGUUACUGCCAGGAUAGGCUUCAGCACCCUACAGCCCUAAAAUUGGAUUCUCCACAUUUUCAAGAGAUUGUCUUCUUCAGUUCUGUGGUCAACCAGAGCCAGUCAUGGGCAUGAGGACAUAUCAAGCUCCACAAGGCACACUUGGUGCCACCAAUGGCCACGUCACAAUUGACGACUUUUGCAACAAUUUACGUCAUCAUAACAAGUCGGAAGUAGUUGGCAGCCCACUCCCAUUAAUACUGGUCAUCUAGUGUGACAUACCCAGCUGCUCAGUCCAACUAGUCCACAAUGUGCCCCUCAAACAGGUCUGGUUGUGGUGGGCACUGUAUGAAUGUGAGCUGACAAGUAAUGAAUGCUCAGCUGGAAGUGCAAUGCAUAUGAUGAUGAAGAAGGAACAUGGGGGGUCGUGGACCUCACAAACAGAGGAGAACCUCGUCUGUCCGAUGGCUCAUCUUUUAUGUAACACAACAGAAUCGAGAAAA